UGACAAACAAAUAUUGUCAAUAGUUUCGAUCACACGAGUGUUUGUCAAAUAUCAUUCACUUUUUGACCUUGAGUUAGUUAUAAAAGCCUAAAUUUUUAUUUCUACUGCUUCCAUACUUCGAAAAACUCUCACGUGAAUUUAAAAUGCGGGAAGAAAUGGACAUGGAGCCAGUGCAUAGGGACUACGGGUCACGUGACUCCUCUCACAGAACCAGUUCCAGUUUGGAAAGCCAGACCCCUCAAACGGGGGAACUCCUGGCGAUGGAUCCGAAGUCUACCUGGAUACCAAUCCAGGACUCACCGAAGGAAGGAGCUAGAGUCACUUCAGGAACCAACAUUCAGUUCCAAAUGAACACAAGUCCCAUGCAAGACUUGAGCAUCGCGAUGGAAAAGUUUCAACAUAAAUACCGAAUGAUGUCGAGGCACAAAAAUGCGAAUCAUAUUUUGGAAUUGACGGUUUAUUUUUUGACCGGUCUCUAUGUUUUGCUGGCCGCUUGUCUUAAUUUUGACCAGGCGAAACCGGUCGUUGUUUUCUACAGCUUGGCUGUGAUAUUCCUUGUCCAUCGAUUAGCAAAACCAAGAUACAACAAUCUUCUCGAUUUUCCUUUCUGGCAGAAGUCAUUCAGCUCAAUUUCAUCUUCAUCCGGAUCUGAAAGUACAUGCAGACGACUUCUGUCAUGUGGGUUCUACAUUGCAGUAUGUGCAACCAUCGGAUUCCUUGUGAUCUUCUGGAACUACAGGGAUCCGUCGCGACUCAUUUCAGCCGGUGGACUCCUGUUCCUCGUAUUUUUCUCAGUUAUCAUGUCCAAGCACAAAUCAAACAUCAACUGGAAAACGGUCUUCUGGGGUCUCUUUCUUCAAUUCGCCUUCGGAGCAUUCGUGCUUAGAACUCAACUGGGGUUCGACAUCUUCGAAGGGCUCGGAACCGCCGCACGAACAUUUCUGAACUUCUCCCAUUUCGGAAUCGAGUUUGUGUUCAAACCAUCCUACCCUCAAGACACUCCGAAUGCCGUUUCGAGAAAUGGUUCCGAAUCAAACAUGCCCACGACCCCUGCAAGUGAACAUUCAUCAACUCCAAUGCCCACUAUUCUGGGAGUUACAGUACUAAUGAUCAUUCCUUUUUUCUCAGCAUUCAUUUCGGCUCUCUACCAUUUAGGCUUCAUGCAGUUCUUAAUAGGAAAAAUUGCUUGGCUGAUGCAAAGAACAAUGGGUACCUCUGCUACCGAAUCAAUGAGUGCCGCCGGAAACAUCUUCGUUGGCCAAACCGAAGCACCGCUCCUUAUCAAACCAUUUUUGCAAACACUGACAAUGUCGGAACUGCAUGCAAUUAUGACGGGUGGUUUUGCCACUAUUGCAGGCGGCGUUUUUGCCGCCUAUGUUUCGAUGGGUGUCUCGCCCUCUCAUCUCAUUUCGGCGAGUGUCAUGUCCGCACCCGCCGCUUUGUCGUUUUCUAAGAUCGUUUAUCCAGAAGUUGAGAAGAAUUUAGAGGACGAAGAUGAAGAUGUGGAAGAGAAGAAAAAGCCAGAAGACGAUGGCUAUGAGAACCUUGUUCAUGCAAUUUCUGCUGGCGCUACGGACGGUAUGACAAUGGUUCUAAACAUCAUAGCGAAUCUGAUUGCGUUUCUGUCUCUAUUAGCGGCUGUCAACUACCUCGUCACUUAUUUUGGAUCCCUUGUCAACAUUCAAGGUUUGACAUUAUACAUGAUAUUCCAAUACGUGUUCUACCCCCUUGCUUUUCUACUCGGAGCGGAUGCGGAAGAUUGCACGCGAGUUGGGGAGCUUCUCGGGCUUAAGACGAUAGCUAACGAGUUCUUGGCCUAUGACCAGAUGACCAAGAUGAUGAAGGAUGACCUUUUGACCCCGAGAUCUCAGGUUAUCGCCACUUACGCCCUGUGUGGGUUCAGUAAUUUGGGGUCAAUCGGGGUUCAAAUUGGAGGCAUGGGAGCUCUGGCACCGAAUCGGAAGGGGGAUCUGGCUCGGAUUGGAAUCAGCGCUUUCGUCACUGGAAACGUCGCAUGCUUUUCUACAGCUUGUAUCGCUGGGCUGCUGUAUAAAUCAGACUAGCUUAAACUUCAACUUCAAGUCUGAAAUAAAUCUAAAAACGUUGAAACCUUUUCAGUAUACUGAAUGCAUUUAGUCUAGCUAAUGUAAUUUUAAUGCAACUUUUUUGAGGGUAUUGCUUAUAUUCUUAU